GAAGACAGGAUCUUACUGGCCCACGUGGCAAAGCAUGGGACAAAGAAGUGGAGGCUUAUUAAGUCUAUGGGUCUGCUUCCCACACGAAACCACAAGGCGUGCAGUAACCGCUUCAUCGUUCUCACAAGGAAACUUUCAAGGCUGGGUCAGCUUACAGGAGUCUCGGAAAUGGGUGCAGAGAUGACAAUGCCGAUGGCGUCUUCUGCAACGGAUACGGUGUUGGUGAAGAUGCACAGAUUGGAAGAAAGAGGUGAUUGGGGUCCUCUCAGUUCCUCAUCAUUCUCAGAAAUGGCUGCAGAGGCGACAUUGCCGAUGGCAUCAUUUGCAAUGGAUAGGGUGAUGGUGAAGAUGGAGAGGACACUGGAAGAAGGAGGUGAUUGUGGCCCUCUCAGUUCCUCAUCAGUCUGCGAACAACAGCACUCGCCGUGUCGGCAGCAUUUGCCACGUCAGCAACAGCACUCGUUGUGUCAGCAACUGGACUCCUCUGAUAAGCAACAGUGCAAUGAGUGCCAGCAACAUUCGACAUCAAGUCACGAGAAGUGCGCUCCAGCAACGGGCAUGCCUGAGAGGACGAUUCUGAUGGGGGCGCUGAGCGCAGUAGACGACGACUACUAUGGUGCGUGCAGAACAGUUGCUGGGGAGCUGUUUGAAUCUGGUUCUGAUGGUCAACAGGACCUCUCGGGGGGAAGAGCUGCUGAGCUGUUUGAAUCUGGUUCUGAUGGUUUUACAGGUCAUCAGGACCAAUGGAGAAGAGCUCCUGGGGAGCUUUUUGACAUUGCUGCAAUAAUUCCUCAAACUGGAGCAGCGGUUGUGGGAACCAGCCGAGGAGAUGUGGAGGAGGAGGAGGCUGACACGGCAGAUGCAACGGCAGAUGCAACGGCAGAUGCAACGGCAGAUGCAACGGCAGAUGCAAUGACAGAUUGUGUGACGGAAGAGACAUCAGAUAAAGCAGCAGCAGAUGAGGUGAUGCUUGAAUAUACAAUCCCAGCAGAAGUUGUGACCAUGGCACUUGCUCCCUCUUCAUGCUUCCCUGAGCACAUGCAUCAUCCAGCUUCGCAAAUAAACCUUUCCGCAACCACUUCUGAAGCGUGUCAACCGCUUGGGCCCAGGUUCUAUCCAACAUCGCAAGUAAGCAGCCUUUCAGCAUCGCAGCAGCCUGCGGCGGAAAUCCUUGCACUAAUAGGCAAGGAGAUUGGAAUACCACUCUCUGAACUCUCCCCCGUGCACGUGUGGGAAUUGAAUCCGAAUGAAGAGUUCAUGUUGGGCGAAAUGCCUCAGCAGCAGCAGGUGCUUCAGCAAAAAAGACUUCUCAGUAGAAUCAACGCCUGCAGCAGUUUGCAAGGUGCAGCGGAUUGGAUACCGGACCAGGACCCUGCGUUUGUUGCAAGUGCUACCUCUGCUGGUUUUAAUGAUUACCAAUGCGGCAGCGUUAACUGGGAUGGGGCUGCAGCAGUUCUUUCCCCCUUGGCUGAUCCGCUCCCUGGUACUGCGGCUGGUGUGGCCGCCGAUGCUCUGCCUCCUGGAGUGUUUGAUCCCAGCCGUUCCACUCAUCCUAGCAGUGCGAACGUGGUGGCAUCGACUGAUGGUUCUGAUUGGCUAGCUGCCGCUGAUAACGCUAUCGCAUGUUUCCUUAUCGAGGCUGAGCUGAUACGAAUCAAUAAGGCUCUGCUACAGUCUGAAUCAGCACCGCACUCCACUCCUCUCCCUUCCUCCCCUGGCAGUUCACUAACAGCUAUUCAGGACCAAGGUUCACCUCGUUUAACACAACCAAACCACUCAAGGUUCCAUUCAAACCUCUUGGAAGUUGCCACUUCUAUUGCCACUGCACAACCAGCAACGCCGUGUACCGUUAGCAUGUCAACGCCCUCUCUGCUCCCACCACUGCCUUCGUAUACUGCUGCAACGCCUCCUUGCGUCGACCCUCGUGCCGCUUCUCCUGCUGCUGCUGCUGCUGCUCCUCCUGCUCUCGCUGCUGCCAUGGAGCCGCUGAGGCGCAUCUGUCUCCCAGAACCCAGGGGCAAUGAGGCUGUCAGCCUGGAGGGCUGCUUGAAUCCUGAUGAGCUGUUUGAAGCGUGGUGCAAUGGGUCCUUCUCCAGA